AUGAAGACAGCCAACUCAUUCAAGACAAUUGAAUGCCUCCGAGAUUGCUUUUCACGUUUUGGACUACCUGUAGUGUUAGUUUCCGACAACGGCACACAGUUUACUUCACAAGAGUUCCAAACAUUUAUACGAAGCAAUGGCAUUAAGCAUAAGACAUGCGCCCCUUUCAAACCAUCCAGCAAUGGACAAGCAGAGCGCUACGUGCAUACAUUAAAACAAUCUCUCCGUGCCAUGCAGAACUUUGCAGGAAAUACCCAGCAAAAGGUUAGCACCUUCCUCAUGCAAUAUCGCAAGGCUCCUAAUAUGACAACUAUGAUUAGUCCGGCUAUGCUUUUCCUUAAGAGAGACAUUAGGACUAGAAUAGAUCUUGUUCUCCCUGACUUGGUCGGAAGAGUCAAUGAGAAGAUCAGAAAAAGCACGUAUGAUUUUCAAGAUCGUAUUUUUCACGAAGGUGAUAAGGUGGCUAUUCGAGACUAUCGUUCACCCAACGCAAGGUGGAAAUUUGGAACAGUUAUGAGCAAAGAUGGAGCUCUUCAUUACACAGUUAAUGUGCAAGGUACAUUGUAUAGACGCCACGUAGACCAAAUGCGAACAGGAGACCAGAUCUUGGAUAAGACUAUUCACGUUCCACGAAUUAGUUUCAGCAGUGAAACUCCACACAUGGGCACCGCGGAUAAUUCUCCUGCACCCACUGAUCCUGGCGGAGAUAUCCAAAAACACUCUGAAUCUGUCAAAUCAACACCAGAAACUCGCCAACCAUCUCCAACUAAGAACCCGAGUUCAGCUGUUUUGCCGAGAAGUACUUCAACUUCUCAUCAAACUCCAUUUCAGCCGAGGCGAUCACAAAGGAUUAGACGGCCCCCUAAGAGACUUGACCUUUAA